AUGAGUUUAAAUAAUAAUCAUGAUGAUUCAAAUGAUGACUUAAUGAUUUUCACGAUGGAUCCAUUAAACCCUAAUGAUGAUGAUAUAGAUGAUGGUCGAACACAAUUAAAAUCUGAUCUGUCAACAAGUGAUUAUCAUUCGUAUGUCACAACAACGGAAACAUCAAUUACGGUUGAUCCAUCACCAUUUGAAUUCGUCAGUACAAAUAAAAAAAUGUUCGAUAUAACAGAUUUACUUGGUUCAUCACCAUUUGAUGAUAAAGAAGAGAUUUGUAAAUGGUUUGACAAACUUCAACCGAUAUCGACAAGUUCACCAAGUUUAAAUCUCGUUGAAUAUUUACGUGGACAAACAUUAACACACGAUCAAGAUAUACAAUGGCAAAUUGAACAAAAUCAUUUAAAAUAUGAUUCAAAACAAUUAUCACCAAGUGAUUAUUUAACUCGUCAAUCCCUUUACAAUCGUCCAGUAGCUUUUGAAAAAGAUUCGCGUUCAUGGGCGCGCAGCUUAUUAAAUAAUUUUAAAAAGACAAACAAUAAAGCUUCAAUUAAUUAUUCUUAUAUUAAAAAUUCUCCAUCAUUCGAUCAUCAUAUGCAAUUUAUUGAACACUUAAAUGAAUGUAAUGAUUAUCCAACAUAUUUGGAAUAUAUAAAUGAAAAUCGCUCACAACUAUUCUAUACGCUUACAGAUUCACUUGAUAUUAUUGAUGGUCUUCUUGGAACUGUUGUUUCAUCGUUUUGA